AGUUGUUGUCGGGGCGUUUUGGUGAGAGGAGGUGUACGCGGCUCGCUCCACGCCAGCCCUCACUGACUUGCCUCCCGCACCACGCUUCCUCUCUGGAUUACGCACGCCGCUUCUCCUGUCUGUCCGCCCGUCCCAUGCGUCACAGUGGUGCAUGAGUGACGCCAGGGCAUUCAUGGACACAGUGUCACUCGCCUGGAUGUGUUGUUCCCUCAACCGUCACACUUUGCUGGAGUUUUGUUGAGUUUACUUGAAUUUUCUCGACGCUUCUCCUUGGAACUUUUUUUUUUAAUCACUACUUGGAUCCUCACCGCCUGAGACCUCAAGAUGUGGCGGAGGGAGCGGACUGAUUGCUUCGCCCUUAGGGUGUGCGUGAUGGCGGUGGCGGCGAGCGGAGGACUGGCCACGCUGGAGAUGGCCAGGAUCCGGCGAGAGGGCGGCACCAUCAUCACCUCCUCCACGCUGGGCUGGGGACACGUGGACGGCGGCAUGUUUGUGCCGUACGCAGUGCCAAUCACUGAGGACGACCCGGCCACUGUGUGGUGCCGCGCGGAGAAGCACGGCACCUGGGUGGCGGGCUCCAUGCACGGCGGCACCUGCACCGUGCCUUUCCUCGGUUCCGUGCUGCACAUGACAGACAGCUUCGAGGUGCUGGUGUCCCUCAACGGAUCAUCGCGCGUCAAGUACGAGGCCUGGGACCGAUACCUGGCGCCGCCACACAACGCCGUGGGCGCGGAGGCGAGCCGCUUCCUGGCCAUGAACCAGGGCGAAGACGGCUUCCCGCAGGCUGGCUACUUGUCGCCGGAGGACCGCCGCGCCUUCCUGAUAGAAGGUGCUCACGUGGACACAGUGGACGCCGCCAUGGUGCUGGUGGAGGACCAGCCGGUGCGUUAUGACCUGCGCGCCGUCAACCUGGACACGAGCCGCAUCAGCGUGACCCACGAGGAGGAGGUGCUCGCUGAGGCCAAGCUCCUCAACCCCGGCCCGUCGCGGCAGCACGUGGUGGAGGAGCGGGAGGUGGAGGUGAAGCAGCUGGUAUACUGGGGCCAGCUCAAGGGAACCUACACCGGCCUGGAGGCGCACGUGGUGUCCGCCCUGCCCAGCGUGGAGGAGCGAGACCUCACCUGGGGCGUGCAGAACGAGCUGGACAGCGUGCACAGGGAGCUGCUGGAGUAUACCCUGCCCCCAGGCACGGGUGUGUGGGUCAAGAUGAUCGGCACGGUGCGCAAGACGGAGGCGCCGUACUCGGGCACGCUGACCUCAGUGUACAAGGACGGCAGCCAGUCGUCCCGAGUGGUGGAGGGGCUGCACAUGGACCAGCGUCUCGUCAAGCUGCACGCCGAGUACUCCUCGCCUUACUUCCUCUUCAACAACACCAAGCUGGACAUUCCCGAGAAGGUGUCGGUGCUCUACAAGUCCACCACCACCACCACCACAACCACGACCACCACCACCACCACCACCACCCCAGACCCGCCCAAGAUGUCUAUGGUGGGCCUGGAGAAACCCAAGAGUGACUCCCUCAGCACGACAUCCCAGCAGGAGGUCGCAGUCGGCAUGCAGGAUGGCGCGGGCGACUUGGCCCCUCCCGCCGUGGCCCUGAUGAUUGUCCUGGCCCUGGUGGCCCGUGUGGCCGCCUUCGCUUGAGAGGCAAGAGCCGACUCUUGCUGCCUCCCCUGCUGGGUCUCCCCUCAGCAUGCAAUACUGUACCGCUACCGAGGCGUCACCGUUGCUGCCACAGACGCCUCCUGCUGCUCGUGAAUACCGAUGUGUUGUGAGGCUAAGAUGCCACCGGACAGUCGGGGAUCGCUUCCCCCUUCCCUGACGAAAACAAGGACCCCCCAGCCCUGCCUGCUCCCAGCCUGCUUGUUCUGUCUCUCGCGCCACUAACAGCAGGCGUGGUUUGCGGGGUCCUGCUGUAUGAUUCACCUAUUACCGAAGCUUUGUCAAAAACUAACCAUUGACAUGAAUGAGAGAGAGAGAGAGAGAGAGAGAGAGAGAGAGAGAGAGAGAGAGAGAGAGAGAGAGAGAGAGAGAGAGAGAGAGAGAGAGAGAGAGAGAGAGAGAGAGAG